ACAGGUUAGCCCACCAGGGCCGGCUGGAGGGAAGCCAGACAAGCCUAGACCUGAGGCUGGGACGAGCCUUCCUGCUCUGGAGUGGAUGCCAACCCCUGCCCACCAGUCUGCCUGUCCACGUCAGGGACACACAGACUCCUUCCCUUUCCAGACUGGAAAGCCCCCUCCUGGGGUAGCAGGAAGAAAGGAAGUGAACUGCAGCUCUUCCUAGUCCACCCAGGACCUUGGGCUGAGCUUACAGUUCCAGGUUUGUGUGCCCACAGGUCCCUAGGCCGGGAGAGAUGUGCAUCCUUAGCCCUUCCUGAAGUCCAGCGAGCUCUGAGUCUGCCCUGGAGGGCAUGUGCUAUAAGGUCUCAUCGGACUGUGAUGGGGCCUUUUCUAAGGAUUAUGAGUCUGUGAACGAGGCAGUGCCUAGAGGUGGCAGCGGUGGGGUGCCAUGGUCUCUGAGAACAGCAGUUUGUGAUGCCCGAGGUCCGUAGGAACAGGGCCAGCUCAGUGGGGAGUUGGGGGAAGUGGGUGUCACUGCAGGGAGGGGCCUCUGUGGCCUCCUGGGGAAGUGCAGUUGCUCUCUUCGGGUGUCCUGGGGUUGUGUGGUGGACCAUGGAUGGGGGUGCUCAUCUGGAGAGGGGGCCACUUCUGCUUAGAAUACUCACAAAGGGGCUAUCCUUUUCCUGAGGGCAAGCAGGCGCCCUGUUCCUCCUCUGUAUGCCUAGCUGGUCAUCUCUAGGGACCAGCAGGGUUGGGCAGGGGGCCCUGGCUUGGUCUUCUUCCUGUCUCAAUUCCUUCUUCCAGCAGAGGACAGGGGCAGAUAGUGGAUGAUGCCAAAAACUGAAGGGGUAGGGCGGGGCAGAAGUGGGAAGGCCCCUGGCUUCCCUCACCUUGGGUAGAUGAAAGGAAAGCAUCAGAGCCUGAGUUGAGAUGCAGCUGUGAUUUCAGGGUGCCUCAACUGGGGAGGCAGCUGUGAUUUGAAACCUCCUUUCCUUGGGUGACUGACUUCAGAAGCUGUGGAUGAAUUGUGCUGGUGAGUGCCUGGCCCUGGAGGCGUCCCAGGUGGGGGAUGAUGGGGAUUUACCGGUAUCCCUCAGGGUGACAGGGCCUCUCCUUUUUUAUCCUGCUUCAGGGUGCAACCCGACCCGGAGGCGGCGGGCCUGGGGGGGCCUGGCUGGAGGUGCAACACUCGUGGCCCUCUGGCUCCUUUGGCAGCUGGAAUCAGCUCCCGGGGGUGCCCCAGCGCCUCAGCCCAUGGUCACCAUCCUUAUCUGGCACUGGCCUUUCACCGACCGGCCCCCAGAGCUGCCCCAUGAUACCUGCACUCACUACGGCAUGGCUAGCUGCCUCCUGAGUGCUAACCGGAGCCUGCUAGCCAGCGCAGACGCUGUUGUUUUCCAUCACCGUGAGCUGCAGACCUUACGGUCUCGCCUGCCCCUGAAACAGAGGCCGCACGGACAGCCUUGGGUCUGGGCCUCCAUGGAAUCUCCCAGCAAUACCCGUGGUCUCCAUCACUUCCGAGGCAUCUUCAACUGGGUGCUGAGCUAUCGGCGUGAUUCAGAUAUCUUUGUACCCUAUGGUCGAUUGGAGCCCUACUCUGGGCCUACACCCCCACUGCCGGCCAAAAGCAAGAUGGCUGCCUGGGUGGUCAGCAAUUUCCAGGAGCGGCAGCAGCGUGCAAAGCUGUACCGGCAGCUGGCCCCUCACCUGCGGGUGGAUGUGUUCGGACGUGCCAGUGGACGGCCCCUGUGCGCUAACUGUCUGCUGCCCACCGUGGCCCAGUACCGCUUCUACCUGUCCUUUGAGAAUUCGCAGCAUCGAGACUACAUCACUGAGAAGUUUUGGCGCAAUGCGCUGGCAGCUGGUGCUGUGCCUGUGGUGCUGGGACCUCCCCGGGCCACCUACGAGGCUUUUGUGCCACCAGAUGCCUUUGUACAUGUGGACGACUUCAGCUCAGCCCGCGAGCUGGCUGUCUUCCUUGUCAGCAUGAAUGAGAGUCGCUAUCAGCGCUUCUUUGCUUGGCGAGACCGGCUCCGUGUGCGGCUCCUGGGUGACUGGAGGGAACGCUUCUGCACCAUCUGUGCCCACUACCCUUACUUGCCCCGCAGCCAGGUCUAUGAAGACCUUGAAAGCUGGUUCCAGGCUUGAACUUCUGCUGCUGGGAGAGGCUGUGUGGGUGGAAGGCCGAUGUUGAAACCAAAGACCUAUGCAUCCAGCCUCUUGGGUCACUCUGGGACUAACCUGAGGCUCGGGUCGGUGAACAGGAAGGCGGGAUAUGAGUAGAGCAGGGUGGGCUGGAGAAGCCGUCUGGAUGAUGAAGCUGGUGGACUUCAGAGUAGGGAUCCCAGGAAAGAGAUAACAGAAUGGAGGGAAUUAAUGAGCAUAUCGUACAAGCUAAUCAACCAGGAAAGACGCUUGGGGGUCCCCAACUUUCCUUGAACAUGCCUGCAGCUCAAUGGUCAGAUGAAACAAGGAGGCAGUAUUUCUGGAGCUGGGAACAUCCCAGGCUGUGAUUUGUGGGUACAAAACCUUAGGCCCCUGACCCUCCACAAUCAAGGUGCUAGCCUUAGGGACCCAGGUGCAUAUUCUAGAACUCUGGGUGCAGACCAUAUGCUGGGUGGGUGGGGGUGUGGGGGA